UCACAGGCAAGUAUGGCGGUCUGAGAGUUGUGAUAACUGUUUUGGUGGUGUGAAUUAUCAUUUUGUGCCUUUGUAAAGCAUACUUAACUCGCUAUUCGAGUUUAUCGGAAGAAUACAAGUACGGUGCGACUCAGAGAGGAGACAUGCUGUCCUCUUGUGACUCUCUGAUUGAAGACAUUGAGGACAUGGUGUCUUCCAAUGACCCCACUCCUCAUGAAAGACAAUCUGCUAGAAAAAGUAUCAUACCAAAGUCCAGGAAGAAGAAAGAGCUUCUGAGCAAUGAGGAGCUUCAAGCUGACAGUUUAAUCCCUGGAACCCAAAAGAUCUGGAUGAAAACAUGGGGCUGCAGUCAUAACAACUCAGAUGGAGAGUACAUGGCUGGGCAGCUGGCUGCCAGCGGAUACAAGAUGACUGAUGACCCGACAGAAGCAGACCUGUGGUUGCUCAACAGCUGCACCGUGAAAAACCCUGCAGAGGACCACUUCAGAAACUCAAUCAAAAAAGCCCAGGAACAGCAGAAAAAGGUGGUAGUAGCAGGUUGUGUUCCCCAGGCCCAGCCAAGGAUGGACUACCUCAAAGGGCUCAGCAUCAUUGGGGUCCAGCAGAUUGAUCGAGUGGUGGAAGUAGUGGACGAGGCUGUUAAAGGCCACUCAGUUCGUCUGCUGGGUCAGAAGAAAGAUGCAGGCCGGAGACUUGGAGGAGCAAGAUUGGACCUGCCCAAGAUCAGAAAGAACCCCCUCAUUGAAAUCAUCUCAAUUAACACUGGGUGUCUGAAUGCAUGUACCUACUGCAAAACUAAGCAUGCCAGAGGAGACUUGGCGAGUUAUCCCAUAGAGGAGCUAGUGGAGAGAGUCAGACAGGCCUUCCAGUCAGGAGUGUGUGAGAUCUGGUUAACCAGCGAGGACACCGGUGCUUAUGGUAGAGACAUAGGGACAGACCUGCCCGCGCUGCUGUGGCGACUGGUGGAGGAGAUUCCUGAAGGUGCCAUGCUAAGGCUGGGAAUGACAAACCCACCAUAUAUCCUGGAACACCUAGAGGAAAUGGCCAAGAUUUUGAAUCAUCCACGUGUCUAUGCGUUCCUUCACGUUCCCGUGCAGUCGGCCUCUGAUAGUGUACUGAUGGACAUGAAGAGAGAAUAUUGCAUUGAUGACUUCAAACGAGUGGUGGACUUCCUUAAAGAAAGAGUCCCUGGUGUAACAAUUGCUACAGAUAUAAUCUGUGGCUUUCCCGGUGAGACUGAGGAAGACUUCCAAGCGACCAUAGACUUAGUAAAAGCCUAUCGAUUUCCCAGUCUUUUCAUCAACCAGUUUUACCCCCGACCCGGUACACCUGCUGCCAAGAUGGAGCAAGUACCAGCACAUGUGAAGAAACAAAGGACUAAAGAGCUUUCUCAGCUGUUCCACUCUUACAGCCCUUAUGACCACAAGGUAGGGGAGAGACAGCAUGUGUUAGUGACGGAGGAGUCAUUUGAUUCCCAAUAUUAUGUGGCUCACAACAAGUACUACGAACAGGUGCUGGUACCUAAAAGGGUUGAGUUCAAAGGGAAGAUGAUUGUGGUGGACAUCUACGAGGCAGGAAAACACUUCAUGAAAGGCAAACCAGUUGAGGACAGUAAGCCGUUCACUCCUUCCAUUGCUACGCCCCUUCAGAAAGGGGAGGUGUCUGGUCUGCCACAGGAACAAAAGGUCAAUGGCGUCCAUGUUUCUGCUCCCACGCCUUCUUCGUGCACCUUCUUGAUUGGAUCUAAUAGUCUGGACAGAGAAAUGCUGAAGAAGAUGGGGAUCGGGCUCGCACUGGCAGCAGCCAUCUUGGCCUAUAUUGUACAGAAACUCUACUGAAAGUUGAGUGUGUAGUUCAGCACCGUGCAGUCAUUUUUUUGUGCCAAACAAAGUAAUAUCAAUAUCUUCUGUUGGCAGCAUAACAGCACAGACAAUGAAAGGUCAAACGGCUUCACCGAACACCUUUUAUACAAGUCUUUUUGGUACAAAUAAGUUAUACCGGAUUUUAAUUAGAAUAUUUUUCAAGUACUGAAUACUUGUGACAGUUGAGCAAUUUGUUGUUUAGGAAAAAGCUACAAGUCUGCUUUGUUUAGUCCUUACUGUUCACUGCUGAUGCUGCUGUGAGGCAGAUACGUGCAGCGUCAGCAGUUUACAUAUUCAGGGCUGUAUGAUCACCUGUACCCUGAGAGUCUGAGGAUGAGGUAUCACUCUGCAGCCUUUUAAAUUGGAAAGUGAUCAUGCUUAGUUUAUUUCACUUUGGAAAAAUGAGUGAUAAUCUGUAUUGUACAUUGAUUAAAGUUUGCAACUUCAUUUCAGAGUAUUUAUUUUUGAAAAUGAGACAUGAACAUAUUUUCAGAACUACAUAAUGAAUGCCGUUCAUGUUGUUUUAAAAUGCUAACGUUAUGUUUUCAUUGUUCAAUAACCGUGUUGUGUUCUGUUUAUUUCCUCAACAACAAAUAGAACUUGUUCAUAAUGUCUCGUAAUAAUUAAUCAAAUAUUUGGCGUAGGUGCCAGGUGAAUAAUUCUGACUGCUGGGAUUCAUGAUCAUUGACACCACACACAUUCAUGAAUAUGAUGUGCUGCUUGCCUUCUAAAAUAAAUGGUUGUUUCAUAUGUUCUCUUAUUAGGCCUCCGUCACAGGCCUGGAGACAAGUCAGUAACCCUUUGCAAUCACAGGUCGCUAUGAAACAAUUUCUGUUCCCUCAAACGUUGACAAGUGGUUGCUGGCUGUUGCUGAGUUGAUGUACAGAGAUGCACUGAAAACCUACUUGUGAUUGUUUUGGUGGCCAGCAGACAGCUGUGGUCACCUGUCGUGUCCAUGGAAGACGCCAGUUUGUCUCCAAAGACUCACGAACUGCUUAGUAGUAAAACUGUGAAAACAGAGACCGUUCAUCUUCAAAGUAAAAGUUGCUCCUUUUGAAACCUGUUGGUUGACGCAAUAAAGCAAAACUUUUACUUUGAAGAAGUUUCCACUUUGCGUUGCACUUUUUCCACUUUCACUGCUGCUUGGUGAGUAGUUGGCGAGUAUUCCAUGUAUCCAUUUUCCAGGAAACUAUGGGUCACUACAGCAAUCUGCUAGCAACCAGAGCAACCCCAAGGAGGUUUUUGGAUUUGUAGGAUUUCACCUACUAGCGACCUGUGGUUGACAGAGGGUUGCCGACCGGUCUCUAGGCAUGUUUGGCUGACCUACAGUGGUGUCUAGCUGAUGUCUUGCCACCUCAAUAUAACAAAGAGUAAAUAUUAUUUCACCUCCUACACGCUUGUAUUAUUUGGAUAAUCGUAGAGUUCAUAAUUCACAUGUGGACACAAUUCAAAUUUUUGUGAUUGUAAUAGCAGCAGAAAUCUCAGGUGCAGAGAUAUCAAAACACUGCUGGAUUUUACCAAAACUUGUAGCAUUGUUAAGAUUUUUUUUCCUUUUCCCUGUCUGUAAUUCAAGUGUACUUACCCUUCAGUACAACUCUAAUACAGUUAGGGUGUGGCCUAUUUGUGGCAUACAUAGCGUUAGUAGAAGUUAUUAGAGCAGACAUUUUUUUUGUCAUUGUCCCCACCAUCCAGAAUUGUUAAAUAAAGGAUAAAAUCCAUUUGUCAUGACUAAAACUGCCAAAGUGUUGAUUGAUUGCCUGAGUCCCUGAAUUAUUGAUUGCU